AUGUGCGCGGGCGCGCGCGCAAGUGUAUGUGGCUCUUUCGGCGCGGUCAUCGCGGUGCGGUUGCUCGGUGUGUGCUGGUGCGGACCGUGGAGCAGCCAGCGGUGGUCAGAGUGUGUCAGUCGGUUGGCAAGUCUCGCAGUGUUUCGGGUUAUUCGUGUAUGACUCAGCAACGAGUGAGCCGAUAGCGCGAGCGAAUCCGCUGUGGAUCUUACGAGGGUGAAGUGGUGGUUGGUGUGUUAGCGGCGGUGGUGGUGGUGCUGUUGCUGCUCUUUAUCGUCAGCGGAUCCGAGUCGUCUGCUGAUCUGGCGCGCUAACUGGUCCAUGUGCUCCUCUGCCUAAAAUGCUUAUCAAAGAAUUCCGUGUCACUCUGCCCCUUACAGUGGAAGAGUAUCAAGUAGCUCAACUGUACUCUGUAGCAGAGGCUAGUAAAAAUAACACAGGUGGUGGAGAAGGCAUUGAAGUGUUGAAGAAUGAGCCAUUCACAGAUUACCCGCUACUCGGUGGAAAGUACUCGUCAGGCCAAUACACAUAUAAGAUUUAUCACUUAGCUAGCAAAGUGCCUGCUUUCAUUCGCAUUUUAUUACCAAAGAACUCGCUAGAGAUCCAUGAAGAGGCUUGGAAUGCUUAUCCCUAUUGUAAAACUGUCAUAACUAAUCCAGGAUAUAUGAAGGAUAAUUUUCUGAUCAUGAUAGAAUCCUUUCAUAUUGGCGACGUUGGCAAUCAACAUAAUGUUCAUGAAUUGUCGCCCGAUAAACUCAAGAUUAGAGAGGUAGUACAUAUAGAUAUUGCAAAUGAUCCGAUCGCCAGUGCCGAUUAUAAGGAGGAUGAGGAUCCAACCAAAUUCAAGUCCCAGAAGACAGGACGAGGCCCUCUCAUAGGAAAGGAUUGGAAGCAUAAUAUUCAGCCUGUGAUGACAUGCUACAAGCUAGUUACUUGUGAAUUCAAAUGGUUUGGUCUGCAGACCCGUGUUGAAGGGUUCAUUCAAAAAGCAGAACGGCGCCUGUUCACCAAUUUUCAUAGGCAAGUGUUCUGCUGGAUGGAUCGCUGGCAUGGUUUAACUAUGGAGGAUAUUAGAGCUAUUGAAGACAAUACAAAAGAAGAAUUAGACAGGCAAAGACAUCAAGGAGAAGUGCGGGGUAUGCGCGCUGAUGAUUGAGACUAUGAUAGCUUCUGUUAUGAAUGGUUAAAUCAAUUCCCGUAUACAUGUCAACACAAAUACAUACUCAUACAGAUGUACACCCUGUUACGCUCUGUCGUAGACGAGUCCACAGGAUUCUGACAAUUUCCAGAGUUUAUGUGUCUAGAUUCAGUGUCUAUUACAGAAAAAAUUACUUACAAUUUUAA